CAAAAGCUUAUAAUACACUUAAAAUUACAAUGAGCCAAUUUCUUAAUGAUUUAUGGUCUAUUAAAAAGGAUGGAAUGUUAAUUGCUAAUAUUCAUUGGAAAUUUCAAUUAUACUUUAGCUUUGAUUGGAAAUUUCUUGCUAUCUGUUUAGGAUUAAAUACAGCCAAUUCUCUUCAUUUUUGUCCAUGGUGCUUGUGUUCUAAACAACAACAUGGAGAUUUAUCAAAAGAUUGGUGA